CGCAGAGAACCGAACGGGGAAUAGAGAGAAUAGGAAAACAACGAGAGGGUGAAUGAAAGCAAGACAAACAGGAAGAGAAGAAAGGGAAGGUUUUCAUAUUACAUAGUGGAAACUUUUAAAUAGAAAUGGCAAACACAGCCGGAGGAGUGCUUCUGGCUUUACUGUUGUUCCUGAGCUCCAGUGUGCCACCAUGUUUCUCUGUGUAUAACAGCGGCGAGUGCUUCUUCAACACUAAAGAGAGCUGUGAACACAUGGGACAGGUGUACGGGAUAGGAGAGAGCUGGAUAACCAGAGACUGUUAUCAGUGUGUCUGCAUGGAGCCUUUUGGAGUAGGAUGCUGUGACCAUGGAGCUCAACCUGUGGACUAUCCAGACUGGUGUGAGAUCAUCCGUAAACCUGGCUCUUGUACGAGUGUUGCAGUGAUGAGAGUCAAUCACAAACUACCCUGCCUCUGGGGACGAGGCCGUCUCAGACCAGCUGCAGGCCUGCCGUGGAAAUCUGACAAUGAUCCUUUAUUUUGAGUUCAGCAAUUAAUGAAAAAUUGGUGAUGUUUAUUUUGGAUUCAAUAGAUAAAGACCAUGGGUUUUAUUUUAUCAUAAGGUUUGUGAGUGACAAAACUGUACUGAAUUUUUUAACAAAAUCUGCAAAUAACUACGAUAGGAUUUAUCUGUUAACUCUGUUUAUAUGUAUAUUUUCAGAUUUUAAAAUGUGUUGUUGA